AAAGCUGCCCGUGUUUGCCUUGGAAAUCAUUGCACAUUUGCCGCUAUUCCCGAUCCAUCAUUCACUGCUCUCUCUGCCAAUUCCCCCUUAUAUCUCUCAUCCCUCCAUCCGCUUUUGAAUCUCUCUCUUCUUUUCUACUUUUAAAACCUCUCCCCACAGCCAUCGUUCGUCGCGUACCAUCAACUUUUCAUCAACCAACCAUCAACAACUCAUCCCAUCCACCACUUUUCAUCUCUCAAACACUUCAAUCAACAUGACUGGACGCGGCAAAGGUGGCAAGGGCCUCGGAAAGGGAGGUGCCAAGCGUCAUCGAAAGAUCCUUCGUGACAACAUUCAGGGUAUCACCAAGCCUGCCAUCCGACGUCUCGCUCGUCGUGGUGGUGUGAAGCGUAUCUCUGCCAUGAUCUACGAAGAGACCCGUGGUGUCCUCAAGUCUUUCCUCGAAUCAGUCAUCCGUGAUGCUGUCACCUACACUGAGCACGCAAAGAGAAAGACCGUCACUUCUCUCGACGUCGUCUACGCCCUCAAGCGUCAAGGCAGAACCCUCUACGGUUUCGGUGGCUAAGCUCGUUCGCCUGCUGAUGCUCGCAUCGAGUCGUUCGACCGCACCUUGCAAUCUUUUAUGGAGCUUAAUGGAAUGAUGAAAUGGCGUAUGGGUAUUGGAUUCACACAAAGACAUUUGACAAUGGGGUUUGAAAUGGGGGGUUCUUUCACACAGAGGAGAGAAUUGUAUCAUUGCUGCUGAGGAAAGAUAUCGAGCUCACCGUGCCCACCGGUUGAUAGACCAUCGGCUAUCAAGACACAUAGUCAAUUGUAACAGCAAUAAAUAUCAACCAAAUCAAGUUGAUCAAACUCAUUUAAGAAAA